AUGGCCGCAAACUUUGUGGCGAGUCCAGAAAUUAUAGAAAAAACAAGAAAAGAAGGUGAGCGGAAGACCGGACUGUUUGGCCGGACCUUAGUGGUGUUUGAGACUCAUCUGGAUUCCUUGCCGUCUCACACUUUUUCUCCAGGAGAUAUUGUUGGCUUGGACCAUUCCAGCAGCUCUGCCAGGACAGAUAGCCUUGGGUCAGGCGUGGUGACCCGGGUGAGUGCAACAUCCAUCACUGUGGCAUUUGAGGACACCAAUGACCUUUACACCCUGGAGAAUGGUCUCCAUGACUACUACAAGCUGUCCAAACUGGCCAAUGAUGUCACUUACAAGAGACUUAAAAAGACACUGGAGAAGCUGGAGAAGGGUAACUAUGCGUCCAGUUCCCAGCUGGUGUCAGUUCUGUUUGGGGAGCAGCCAAUCUCUCCAGCCCUUGAUGUGCCAGAUUUGACAUAUUUCAACUCUGGCUUAGAUGCUUCCCAGCGUGAAGCUGUAAGGUUUGCUUUGGCUCAGAGAGAGCUGGCUAUUGUCCAUGGGCCGCCAGGAACCGGCAAAACCACAACUGUUAUUGAAAUAAUACUGCAGGCUCUCAAAGUGGGCAGUAAGGUUUUAGCGUGUGCCCCAUCAAACAUCGCAGUGGACAACCUGGUGGAUCGCCUGUCGAGCAGUAAGCACCGGAUAGUGAGGCUGGGUCACCCUGCCCGCCUGCUGCCACAUCUACAGAAGUUCUCUCUGGACGCCAUACUGUCAGCCAGUGAGGAGACUCAGUUGUGGAGGAUUAUUCUGUUGUCUGGCAUCUGUCCUCCUGUUUCCGACCUUAAGAAGGCUAGAGACAAAGGUCAGAAGCAGAAAUUGCGGGAGGACAUGAAACAUCUUAGGAAAGAGUUGAGGCAGAGGGAGACAGCUGCUACCAAGGAGAUCCUGAAGCUUGCCGAUGUUGUCUUGGUUACAUUGACAAGUGCCACUGAUGAUGGCCCGAUGAAAUUACUAGAGGAAAGUCACUUCGAUGUUACGAUUAUUGAUGAGGUGUCCCAGGCCAUGGAAGCUGCCUGCUGGAUCCCUCUACUGCGCAGCAAGAAGUGCAUACUGGCUGGCGAUCACCUGCAGCUUCCACCAACUAUCAUGUCCAAGGAAGCUGCUAAGGAAGGGCUGGAGGUGACGUUGAUGGAGCGUAUGCUGGAGAUGUAUGGGGACCCCCGCCAUGAAGAUGCUCACCGUGCAGUACAGAAUGCACGAGAAGAUCAUGCAGUGGUCCUCCACACAGCUCUACCACUCCAGGCUGGUCGCACAUGA